AUGAAGGUCACCGUCGUCUCCCGCAGCGGCAGAGAAGUCCUCAAGGGUCCUCUCGACCUCCCCGAUUCGGCGACUGUUGCUGAUCUGCAGGAAGCGUUUCACAAGAGAGCUAAGAAGUUUUACCCAUCGAGGCAAAGACUGACUCUUCCCGUGGCUCCUGGAACGAAGGACAAACCUGUUGUCCUCAACAGCAAGAAAUCACUCAAAGAGUACACUGAUGGAAACAGUAGCUCCUUAACCGUAGUCUUCAAAGACUUGGGGCCACAAGUCUCCUACCGCACGCUCUUCUUCUUCGAGUAUCUUGGCCCGCUCUUAAUCUACCCGGUCUUUUACUACUUCCCUGUCUACAAGUUCCUUGGCUAUGGAGAAGACCGUGUGAUCCAUCCGGUGCAGACCUACGCUAUGUACUACUGGUGCUUCCACUACUUCAAACGGAUCUUAGAGACCUUCUUCGUGCAUCGCUUCAGCCACGCGACUUCGCCUAUAGCGAAUGUGUUCAGGAACUGUGCUUACUACUGGAGCUUUGGUGCUUUCAUUGCUUAUUACGUCAACCAUCCUCUGUACACGCCUGUCAGUGACCUUCAGAUGAAGAUUGGUUUCGGGUUUGGUUUGGUUUGCCAAGUUGCAAACUUUUACUGUCACAUUUUGCUGAAGAAUCUUAGAGACCCCAGUGGCUCUGGAGGCUACCAGAUCCCUCGCGGCUUCCUCUUCAACAUUGUUACAUGUGCCAAUUACACUACUGAGAUUUACCAAUGGCUAGGGUUCAACAUCGCUACGCAGACCGUUGCAGGAUACGUUUUCCUCGCUGUUGCUGCUCUUAUCAUGACCAAUUGGGCUCUUGGAAAGCACAGCCGUCUUAGAAAGAUAUUUGAUGGAAAAGAUGGAAAACCAAAGUAUCCAAGAAGAUGGGUGAUAUUACCUCCAUUCCUUUAG